CGUCCUCUGUGUGUGUGUGUGUGUGUUUUAGUUUUUUUUCUGCUCCCUCUGUCUUUAAAGCAGCAUUGCCUCUCCCCGGGUUAACCUCUCACUGCAGCUCGUGCCUGAAGACGCUCAUCUGUUCACUGUGCAGAGGCCCCAGGAGUUACCUCACCUCCACCAUGACUGAUCGCAGCGACUGCUACUACUGCCGUGACAACCUGCAGGGCAAGAAGUACGUGAAGAAGGAUGAGAAGCUCGUCUGCACCAAGUGCUUUGAUAAACUCUGCGCCAACACCUGUGCAGAGUGCAAGCGCCCCAUCGGUGCAGACGCCAAGGAACUCCACCACAAGAACCGUCACUGGCAUGAGGAAUGCUUCCGCUGCGUCAAGUGCUACAAGUCGCUGGCCGGUGAGCCUUUCAGCGCUCGGGACGAUGGCAAGAUAAUGUGCGGCAAGUGUGGCUCCCGGGAGGAUGGGAACCGGUGCCAGGGAUGCUACAAGGUGGUGAUGCCUGGGAACCAGAACGUGGAGUACAAGAACAAGAUCUGGCAUGAGGAAUGCUUCACUUGCGCCGAGUGCAAGCAGCCAAUACGUACUCAGAGUUUUCUGGCCAAGGGGGAGGAGAUCUUCUGUGCCCCCUGCCAUGAUAAGAAGUUUGCAAAGAAAUGUUUCCACUGCAAGCAGGCCAUCACCUCCGGAGGGAUCAGCUACCAGGACCAGCCCUGGCACUCCGAGUGUUUUGCCUGCAAAACCUGCAAAAAGCCUCUGGGAGGGACUCGCUUCACCUCCCACGAGAACGACGUUUACUGCGUGGACUGCUACAAGACCGAUGUGGCCAAGAAGUGCCACGGCUGCAAGAACCCCAUCACGGGAUUCGGCCAUGGCACCAACGUGGUGAACUAUGAGGGAUAUUCCUGGCAUGAGUACUGCUUCAACUGCAAGAAGUGCUCCCUGUCGCUGGCUAACAAGCGCUUUGUCAUCAACGGAGAUCACAUUUACUGCCCCGAUUGUGCCAAGAAGCUGUAAACUGCACACGUGGGAAACGUCUGAAUUAGUAUCCCAGUCGGCCAGUUUUGGUGAACCUUCUCAUCGCUAGAUUGACGGGACUGAGGUUACUUAACCAGUAAUGCACUAUAGCUUUCAUUUAUCGACAGUGUUGCAGAUUACAUGGCAGCGGAGACUCUUGUUUGAUUGUGACAUGCACCAUUAUAGUCUAACUUUAACUAGUAAGAUAAAUAUCUAGUGCCUUUCUGAAAUCUUUGAGGGUUGUUGCUUUUCCAUGCCUGCUGCGCCUGCUGCUGCCCAUACAUACCAGCUUUGAUUAAUAAUCUACAUAUCUGAAUGUUUCAAUGGAUUAUGAGUUUCAACAAUGUUUAGAGUGAAUUUAAAUUACACUUGUGAGUCUUUGAGGCCAAUGCUGAGAAAAUAAACUGUUCAUGUGUUUAAAACCUGA